UUUAAAAAAAUUGAACACCGGCCUUUUAGACGGUGCGUCUCUCUCUCACCAGCUGCCGCCAUCUCCAAUACCAACCACCACAACCGAUCCUCCGCUCUCUCUAUCUCUCUUAUAUAUGGCUACCCGAUGGCUCUGUGUCUAAGAAAACCCUCCAAAGCCUCGAUCUUGCUCAGUCACUGCCGACACUUUAAGCCCCAUUCCACCGUAAUACCCAAUCUCAAUGGCCACUUCACCACCCAGCUACGCGCUCUCGAUCAGGGACGACGACAAGAACGGCGUCGCGGAGAGCAAGUGUGGCUUCCUAGUGGUAGCUCUAUGCCCUUGUCUCGUAUGCUUCAUUCUCCUCCUCAUUGUACUCUCUAUCGUUCUCCUUAUCAAGUUCCAUUUAUUUUGCCACACUCCACUUCACUCUCUCAUCUACAGGAAAAAUUGUUAAUUCCCAGCUGUAGGAUUUUCAAUCCUGGAAUUGAAUCAUUUCCCAUUAUUAGUUUAGGAGGAAUAAUUCUAGAUUGGAAGCAUAGGAGGUUUUGUAGUGUCACCAAAGAAAAUGUGCUGAAAACAAACUCUAGGGUCAUUAAUGUUAGAUUUCCAGAGUUGCCCGUUGGUAGUUUACCAAGAAAAGCGUUGGCUUUUAGCUUUAGGGGGUUUGCUAGUGUGACAGGCAACGGUACAGAUUCUGAUGCUGAUUAUGAGAGUGGGGAAGGUGAUUAUGUUGAUGAUGACUGUACCAAUGGCGAUGGGGUUAAGUCAUGUGCGAACCCAAAUGAGGUUGACAGAGUAUGCAAGGUGAUCGACGAAUUGUUUUCGUUGGAUAGAAAUAUGGAGGCGGUUCUAGAUGAAUGUGGGGUUGAUUUGUCGCACGAUUUGGUUGUAGGUGUGUUGGAACGCUUCAAACAUGCUCGAAAACCAGCCUUUCGGUUUUUCUGUUGGGCAGGGAAGAAGCCUGGGUUUACCCAUGACUCGAGGACUUAUAAUGCGAUGAUGAAUAUAGUAGGGAAGACAAGGCAGUUUGAGACCAUGGUGUCAAUGCUUGAAGAGAUGGGUGAGAAAGGCCUGCUGACGAUGGAGACUUUUAUGAUUGCAAUUAAAGCUUUUGCUGCUGCAAAGGAAACGAGGAAAGCCGUUGGGAUUUUUGAGCUAAUGAAGAAGUAUAAAUUUAAAGUGGGCGUUGAUACGAUUAAUAGCUUGCUUGAUACUCUUGGGAGGGCAAAGCUUGGUAAAGAAGCGCAUGCACUUUUCGAGAGGUUAAAAGAUAGAUUUGUGCCUAAUUUGCAAACUUAUACAGUAUUGCUUAAUGGUUGGUGCCGAGUCAGGAAUUUGCUGGAAGCAGGGAGAGUGUGGAAUGAGAUGGUUGAAGGAUUUAAGCCUGAUAUAGUUGCACAUAAUAUUAUGCUUGAAGGAUUGUUGAAGUGUAAGAAGAGGUCCGACGCCAUCAAGUUGUUUGAAGUCAUGAGGGCCAAGGGUCCAUCACCCAACGUUAGGAGCUAUACAAUUUUGAUUCGGGAUUUAUGCAAGCAAACCAAGAUGAAAGAAGCGGUUGAAUAUUUUGAUGAGAUGACUGGAUCUGGAUGCCAGCCUGAUGCUGUGGUUUACACGUGCUUGAUCACUGGCUUUGGGAACCGGAAGAACAUGGAUGCUGUAUUUGGAUUGCUGAAGAAGAUGAAAGAAAAGGGUUGCCUUCCUGAUGGGCGCACCUACAAUGCCUUGAUUAAAUUGAUGACAAGUCGACGAAUGCCAGAUCAUGCAGUGAGGAUAUAUAAGAACAUGAUUCAGGGUGGCAUUGAACCAUCAAUCCACACUUAUAACAUGAUAAUGAAAUCCUACUUCCAAACAAGAAACUAUGAAAUGGGUUGUGCAGUUUGGGACGAGAUGAUCAGGAAGGGGUGUUGCCCCGAUGAUAAUUCCUAUACGGUUUUCAUUGGAGGGCUUAUACGUCAAGGAAGAUCUGGAGAGGCGUGCAAAUAUUUAGAGGAAAUGAUAGAGAAAGGAAUGAAAGCACCUCAGCUUGAUUAUGACAAGUUUGGAGCUGAUUUCUCUAGAGCUGGGAAACCAGGCAUACUAGAGGAGUUGGCUCGGAAGAUGGAGCUUUCUGGUAAGUUUGAAGUCUCCAAUGUUAUUGCGAGGUGGGCUGAAAUGAUGAAGAAAAGGGUCAAGAGAAAAGAACCUGAUGAGCAGUACACCUGAGUUACUUGUCAAGGCCAAUGAUACUGUGAUACUCUGCCCAAGAUUCCCACCCCCAAGUGCUUAGUUUUUGGUAUAAUUUUAGUUUGUUAUUUGGGACAGGGCUUGCUUGAGCUGUGUUGUGUUGUGUAUUUGUUAUAGUUAUUACGUUUUGUAUUUUCAACUUUUAUUAUUUACUUGGUUCAGUUUGUAAAUGACUUCUUUAAUGUUGGGAAUUACAAGUCAUGAUUUCACCUU